AUGCGGGGCAGGCGCUGGCCUGAGCACGGGUGGCUAUCUUGCAGCUGGCUGUCAAUCUGGAGAGAAUUCGCUCUGCCAGUCAGUCAGGUAGGCAGGCAGGAGGCCCACCCUGGCAGAGGACUCAGUGUAAGACUGUUCUUUCUCAAUUUUCCCCCCAGACACACCAUCCUGAGAAGCCACUUUUUCCUACCACAGGAAGCCCAAGAGAACACUCUAGCUAGCAGUCUGACAGCCAAACUGAACCCUGGCCUUUUGUAUCCUGCCAGGUUUGAAAAGCUGGACAUCACUCCUAAAAGUGCCCAGAAGAUCAAGCCGGUGCUUGAGCGGUGGAUGGCUGAGGCUGAGGCCCGCCAUCGAGCCGGUAUGCAGAACCUGACCGAGUUUAUUGGGAGCGAACCGUCCAAAAAGCGCAAGAGGCGCACCUCCUUCACGCCCCAGGCCCUUGAGAUCCUCAAUGCCCACUUUGAGAAGAACACACAUCCCUCUGGGCAGGAAAUGACCGAAAUUGCUGAGAAGCUGAACUAUGACCGGGAAGUAGUUAGAGUUUGGUUCUGCAAUAAGAGGCAAGCCCUGAAGAACACAAUUAAACGCUUAAAACAACACGAGCCCGCCUCGUCAGUCCCUCUGGAGCCCUUAACAGACUCUCUGGAAGAAAACUCCUAAAGAGACGCCCUUCCUGGGUCAGGAGCAAAACCCACAGAAACCUAACUCCGCCCUUGGGACUCCUUGAAAAAGAAGAAGAAGAAAUUAAAAAUCAAACUUAAAAACCACCCCGACCAUCACGUUUGUAAGUAAAAGACUAAACAAACUACCAAGUGGACAGAAUGGUUUAUACAUAUCCGGUGGUUUCCCAAAAAGAAAACAAAAAAAUUUUUUGAACAUUUUUAAACAAAGAAUACACUACACCUUGGGGGUGUGGUAGGCUAGUUCCCUCCCCGACCUGUCUCCCCAAAGCCAGUUUUUUAAUGGGCUUAAAGCAAACCAAAAAAACCACGUACUUUUUCUGUAUAGGAUGAAAAUGUGAACACAUUUUAAGGAAAAAGAAAAAAACAACUAAACCAAAAAAACAAACAAAAAAAAAAACAACAGAAACUUUGAUCUGUUCAAAGCGAAUACAAGCCUGCCACCUGGAGGAGAGACUGCAUUCUUUCAGGUUCCAAGUGCUGAUUAACUAUGAAACCUAUUAACCAAAGUCAGAAACGUGGCAUUGCAAACGCAAUGGUUAGUCUACCCUUCUCUGCGUGUCAAGUUGUGUUAUGAAUUUUUACAUUUGUCCCUAGCGGAAAAGUCGGAAGUCUGAUUUCUCCCAUCUUUCCCAUCUGCUGUCAGAAGUGGGUGCCAUUGUUGAAGCCAUUCUGUGAGUCUCACUAUUGAUUUUUAUUUGGGAUGGGGUUUUUUUCUUCUUUUGCUUUGUGUUGGGGUGGGGAACAUCAUGGAUCUUGUGCCAAAGCAUUCAUUGCUUUCUUCUCACUAUGACUUGUGUGUUUGAGAAAAGAAAGAACGGAGCUUGCAUUUCUCAUUUUAACUCCAUUUCCCCAUCUCUCGAGAGAGAGACUCCAAAAUAACUAGGGCUUUGCUCGAUGAACUGUCAACAGUGGCAUAAGCUGUAAUUAUCCUCACUGUCCACACCAGAGCUUGGGAUUCUGCUCAGUUUGUUGGCCACGUACAUGGAGAGCUGACCAAAACUAAUUUUGUAAUAUAAACAUAAGCUGCACAUUUGGUUCAACACUUUCAUCUAUGUUAUGCUUCUGUGCAAAGCAAUUUCUCUCAGAAGUCUGAUAGCCAAAGACACGUCUCAAGAUUUCAGUCAAAAUACACACGUAGCAUGCACGCACCCACAUAUACACACAAAGGAAACAGGCCAGAAAGACAGGAAUGGUGACUGGUUCAUUAAAGGCCAUCAUACAUCCUGUGACUCCCACCUGUUCUGCUACUAUUUUCACUCCAGUAGCAAUGGCAGACCUUUUUCAGGCAGGAGCACUUGUUUGGGGGAUAUAUAAAUGGAGCAGACAGUUGGAAGAUAGAUUUAAACAAUUGGAAUUGGGGGCUACAGGAAGUUUUAGCAAUGAAGUGCCUCCACUAAAAAGGAACAACAUACAAAUGGCUUAUCUGACACAUCAGAAUAGCCUGCACUCUCAGAACUAGAGAAUGCAACUAUUUCUGCAUAGUGAAUCAAUAACCAUGCUCUCAUACUAUCUCAUAUUAUGCUUUCACUAUAAAUUGUGAAAGAAAAAAACACUUCAAGUUGCCCCACUGAGUAGAAAUGCCAUCUUCUUCCCCUAACACACUGCCACCCCUGUGGGGUUUGACUUCUCUGCUGGCCCCUUUGCUGGCUGUGUCAGUGCAGUGGGAGAGACGUCCCCACCCUACCCCUCCCUCCCAGAUGAUUCAUGCAGCAAUCAGGAGACCACCAGUAAGGAGGCUCUACAAGAAGCCCUGGAAGUGGAACCACUGGCUUAUAAAGGCGUUUCCAUUUCACCAGUCAGAUGCUAAGUGGACCGCAGCUAACUUGAUUGUCAAUGCCAGCGACAUCACGGCACCCACUUUACCACCUCAAAACUGCGCAAACACCAACAACCCAGAAAUCCAAAAAGUGUAUUGAUUAAACAGAUUUUGUAUUCUCCCAAGACCUGCUCCAAAUUCCAUCAAGAAAACUCCCCAAGAAGAGAAGUGAACAGGAUAACAGAUGAUGGAUGCUAAAUGUUUAAACAUAUGCCAGCAGCAGUUACAUGAGGCCUGCUCAGUUUGGAGAUCUAUAAUUGGGAGGGUAUAACUAGGGCAGGGAAAAUAUAAACUAAAAGUAAUCUUCUGGAGUGGAAUAAAAAAGAAAUAUACUCACCCCACAGUCAUAAACCCAUUCAUGUGCAGUGCUUUUUUUUAUAGUUUUAUAAUUUUGUAUUGUUUUAUAAAUUAUUUAUAAGGUGUUGUAAUGCUUCUUAUAUUAAUUUUUUACAGAUAAAUUUUUUGCUACAAGGCAUAAAAGGUGCCUGAAAAAACUCUUAGGAAUAUAAAUUAUACUGUAUAACUCGUAAGUCUUUGGGACCUCACCUAUUGCUUAAUUUUAUUAUGACAUUUCUUAUUUCCUCUUGUAAACAAGUUCAUGUGCCAGUAGCAUUUAAGUGUCUCUUAUGUUUCCAUGAACUGAAGGUUAAUGUUGGCAUGAACAAAGAAUAAAAACCACUUCGGGUGUAUGUGAUUGUAUUUUAAGCUUCAAUAUUCUUCUUAUUUUUAAAUUAUUAUCAUCUUAAUUGGUUGAUGAAAAAUCUUCACAGUUCUUAAUUGAUGAAAAAGGAAAAUGACUGAUGUUAUAUUUCACACUUGUUUGUGGGGUUCUUUUUCUUUUCCAAUCAAAAAACAUUUUGAACAGUGAAGAGUUUCAGUUGCAUUGCAAGGUUUUGAUUUCUUUAUGUUGUAAUCACAUGAUACGCACACACGCGUGUGCGCGCGCACACACACACACACAAAAGAGAGAACAAAAAAGCAAAAGGAGCUAGGAAAAAAACAACAACAAGUAGAGGCGUAUCAAAGAACUCAAGCUAUAACCAAAAAAGAAAUUGUAAAAUGCCUUUGCUCAUCUUCUCUACGCUGGACCAAAGCUCAGUAUUUGUAGGUAUAUGCACAUUGUAUAGAUACGGCUAAAUGUUGCUGACAAUCUUGCAAUACUAAACUGUUCCUAUUUUAAGAAAAAAAAGAAGAAAUACAAACUUUUCAUCAAUGUUUUACCUCAGCACUCUACUUGUACCCAGUUAAUGACCAAGCUUAAAAAAUGAAGAAAAAGGAAAUUGAUUUUCAUUUCAAUGUUUGACUGUAAAAUCUGUUUGGAUAACAUUUUGUAAUGAGCUUUUUGUCAUGUGAUUUGCUUGUCUUCAACUUGAAAUUAUGUGAGGCACAUUUGUUUCUUUGUUGUUGAGAAAGUGAUUCUUUUGUCCUAUGUGCUGUGAUCUAGACUGGUCACCAGGGUCACUGAUGGGGCACCGCGGAGACGGCCGCCUCUCCGCGCCUGGAGCAGGCAGCAGGAAGGAGGGAGGAAAGCAGACGGGGUUGUUUCGGAAAACAUCAUCUUGAUGAGAAGUUGACAUGGUGGACUUGUGACCAAGAAGCCAAACUGGAUAUUUAAAAGCUCCUUACUUGCUCUGACAUUGAAACCAAAGCUGAUUUAUCUGCACAGGUUGCUUAACAUUAAAAAAAAAAAUGACGAAACUGUACUUAAUCUAGAGCAAUAUCUGUAUGGUCAGUAAAGCUGCACUUUGUGUAUUUCUUAACAGCUUCAGAUCUGUCACUUUUAAUUUGUACCAUAAGAAAUAAAGAAUUG